UAAAAUUAUCAUUCUCCAAACUUUCAUAGAGACAGUGACCUGAACUCCUCUGCAAUGCCCCUGAGCACAUGCGAAUACCAGCUGCUGUUUCUGCUUUGUUUUCUCAUGAAAAGCUGUCACGCUUUCAAAAACGAUGCAACUGAAGUGUUUGACGGGCGCGCGCUUUCAUCCUCCCACGAGACUCCGAAUAAUGCGUCAUUAAAUAGAGCGCGCAAUGGAGGAAGACGCGCGGACACUGGAGACCAAACCGAACAGCACCAGGUCGGUUGCAGGGAACUGAGAUCCACUAAAUACAUAUCUGACGGCCAGUGCACCAGCCUGAAUCCUGUAAAAGAGCUGGUGUGUGCCGGGGAGUGUCUCCCCACGCACUUGCUGCCAAACUGGAUCGGCAGGGGUCACUACUGGAACAGACGGGACGCUCAGGAGUGGCGCUGCGUCACCGACCGCACACGCACCCAACGCAUCAAACUCCAGUGUCAGGACGGCAGCACGCGCACCUACAAGAUCACAGCCGUCACGUCCUGCAAAUGCAAGAGAUACGCGCGCCAACACAACGACUCAUCUCAUGCACUCGAAGGUCCAUCGAAGGAUCAUCCUGUGCAGAAUCCCAAGAAGAAAAAGAGCAGAAAUAAAAAUGCAAAGCAGAACCCUUGAAUAGACAGAUGGGAGGAUCUCUCAAAAGUUGAAUGAACUGAUACUGAUGUAGACUUGUACCAGUACAACCCUGAUCCUUGAAGGAAAGUGAAUUUGAACUUAUACACUGACUUUUUUGUGUUAUUUUUACAAUAACACUGACUUGGAUUGCUACAAGAGCUGUUUUUAUUUUGUUCUCCUUUAUUUUAUGUGGACUCAGAUGCGUUGUAUGCUUGUAUAUGUGUAGGCUACUUUAGUUUUUUUAUAGGGUGGUUGAUGUUUUGUACAAAUAACAUUAUUUUAUACGAAUACAUGUGGCUAAGAAAUAAACAUAACAAUAAGUGAAAUCUGAACCUUAUCUACAGUUACGUAAAUAUUUGCAUUUCAUAUUUUUGUAGUUUCUUUUAUAUAUUUUUAUAUAAUAGUUUGUUUAUGAAUGUUUUACAUUUACAUUUAUACAGUUGCAUGUACAGAGUACAAUAAAUCAAGAUGUUUACAAAGUUUGUAAAGUGUUUAUAAAGUGAAGACCACAGAUAUUCAAGGCAAUAGAGAAUAGC